AUGAGAGUCUCAACCCCUCCGGCGCCGUCGCCUCAUGUCGAUGACCACCGCAUUUCCACUACCGGCUACCGCGAUGCCGAGUCUCUCUUCCGCUCUAAGCCCAUUGCCGAGAUCCGGAACACCGAAUCCGCCACUCGUAAGCAGAUCGACGACAAGAAAGAGGAGCUCCGUCAACUCGUCGGUAACCGUUACCGUGACCUCAUAGACUCCGCCGACUCUAUCGUCAACAUGAAAUCUUCGUGCAAUGCGAUUUCCGCUAACAUCACCGCGGUUCACGAUCACAUCCGUUCGCUUUCUCAAUCGCAAUCGCAAUCGCAAACCAAGCUCCAUUCGCAGUCCCGAGCCUGGACAUACGGUAUUGCUUGCCGUGUGAAGUAUCUUGUUGAUACGCCGGAGAAUAUAUGGGGCUGCCUUGAUGAAGGUAUGUUCCUUGAGGCUGCUUCGCGAUACUCCCGUGCGAAGCACGUGCAUCAGCGGUUGUUUCUUGAUUCCGAUGAGCAUAAGAUCAAGAUGUUGUCCAAUUUUCCUCUUCUUCAGCAUCAGUGGCAGAUCGUUGAGAGUUUUAGAGCUCAGAUCUCGCAGCGUAGCCGUGACCGUUUGCUGGAUCGAGGUCUCCCCAUUGAUGCAUAUGCUGAUGCCCUUGCUGCUGUAGCUGUUAUUGACGAGUUUCAGCCGGAGAAGGUGUUGGAUUUGUUUCUAGAAUCAAGGAAAUCGUGGAUAUCACAAAUUUUGGGUAAUGCUGGUGCCGGUGAUGAUUCCUCUUUGGUGGUUUCUGUCUUGUGUGAUGUGUUGGGAAUAAUUCAGGUCAGCGUGGGUCAGGUGGGUGAGUUGUUUCUGCAAGUGUUGAAUGAUAUGCCCCUUUUCUACAAAGUCAUUCUAGGAUCUCCCCCUGCUUCGCAAUUGUUUGGCGGGAUUCCAAAUCCUGAUGAGGAAGUUAAGCUUUGGAAGUCAUUUAGAGAUAAGUUGGAAUCGGUUAUGGUAAUGCUUGACAAGCGUUACAUUGCUGAUACUUGUUUUGCUUGGUUGAAGGAAUGUGUAAAUAAGAUAAGUGGAAGAAAUUUAAUUGAUGCCAUUGCCAGUGGCCAGGAGCUUGCCUCUGCUGAGAAAUCAAUAAGGGAGACAAUGGAAAGUAAACAAGUUCUACAGGGGAGUUUGGAAUGGCUGAAAAGUGUUUUUGGAUCUGAGAUUGAGUUGCCUUGGAGUAGGAUUCGGGAACUCGUUUUGGAAGAUGAUUCUGAUCUUUGGGAUGAGAUAUUCGAGGACGCUUUUCUUGGUAGGAUGAAAGCAAUCAUUGACUUGAGAUUUAGAGAGCUAACUGACACUGUUGAUGUGGUGAACACAAUUUCUGCAGUAGUUAACUCUUUCACCAAACAGAUUGAUGGUCAGCUGUACUUGACCAGACCUUAUACAGCAGGUGGUGUUUGGUUUCUAGAAUCCAAUGCCAAAAAAACUGGAGUUGCUUCUGGGUUCAAAGUCCACCCUGAAGAGAACGAAUUUCUGUCUUGUCUUAAUGCCUAUUUUGGUCCUGAAGUAAGCCGAAUCAGGGACGCAGUUGACAUUUCAUGUCAGAGCAUCCUUGAGGAUCUAUUAAGUUUCUUAGAAUCUCCAAAGGCCUCCCAAAGAUUAAAGGAUCUAGCACCAUAUCUGCAAAGUAAAUGUUAUGAAAGUGUGUCUUCUAUAUUGAUGGCAUUGCAAAAAGAACUUGACAGUUUAUACAGCUCAAUGGAAAGUGGUGACAAGGAGGUACCAACAACUGUUACUGUUGAAAAAUCCCUUUUCAUUGGGAGGUUAUUGUUUGCAUUCCAAAACCAUUCUAAACAUAUACCCUUGAUACUUGGUUCUCCCAGAUUUUGGGCCAGUGGGAAUGCAUCUUCAGUUGGGAAAUUACCAUCUCUGGUGAAACAUUCUCGUUUUGUAUCUGAUCCUGCUAUCUGUGAUAGUCCAGGAAAACAAACAAGCCUUGGCUCUAAAAGGCAAAAUUCUUCUGCCACAGCUGCCUUAUUUGGAGCAAGAGAAGGUGCAAGCCCUGAGUUAGAAGAACUGAAUAAGACUAUAGGGGAUCUUUGCAUAAGAGCCUACAACUUGUGGAUACUAUGGAUGUCAGAUGAGCUUGCUGCUAUUGUCUCUCAGGAUCUUAAACAAGAUGAUGCCUCAACUUUGAACACGCCUGGGAGGGGAUGGGAGAAUAUUGCAGUCAAGCAAGAUCAGUCAGAUGAGAACCAAUUGGAAAUGAAAAUAUCUCUUCCAUCUAUGCCUUCUCUAUAUAUAAUCUCAUUUCUAUUUAGAGCGUGUGAAGAAGUUCACCGAGUUGGAGGUCACGUACUUGACAAGAAGAUUUUGCAUAAACUUGCAUCAAGAUUAUUGGAAAAGGUGGUUGGAAUCUUUGAGGCCUUCCUUUCCACUGAAGUGGGUGAUGCUCAUCAAGUGACAGAAAAAGGAGUCUUGCAGCUUUUGUUAGAUGUCAAAUUUGUCAUUGAUGUUCUCUCUGGUGGUGAUUCUAAUUCGGUUGGGGAAUUAUCAAGUAACCCAAAGGCAAAGCCAUCUCUCAGAAGAAAGCAGGGCCAAAAUUUGACAAUCUCAGCCAUUAGAGAACGGUCGAAUCAGUUGUUAAACCGGCUUUCUCAAAGACUGGAUCCUAUAGACUGGCUUACGUAUGAACCUUAUCUUUGGGAGAAUGAGAAGCAGUCAUAUCUACGGCAUGCUGUUCUUUUUGGUUUCUUUGUGCAACUUAAUCGAAUGUACACAGAUACUGUUCAGAAACUGCCUACUAAUUCAGAAUCUAAUACUCUGAGGUGUUCUACAGUUCCCCGGUUUAAGUACCUCCCCAUCAGUGCUCCAGCUAUGUCCUCUAGAGGGCCAAAGAAAUCAUUCACCCCAUCUUCAAAUGAAAUCUCUUCAAGAAGUUCAUGGAAUUCAAUUACAAAUGGAGAGCUUUCUCAAAAGAUAAAUUUGGAUGACAGCUCAAGUCUUGGGGUGGCAGCACCAUUUUUGAAGUCUUUCAUGCAAGUUGGAAGCAGGUUUGGGGAGAGUACUUUUAAACUGGGAUCAAUGCUAACAGACGGGCAAGUUGGUAUUUUUAAGGAUAGGUCUGCAGCGGCUAUGUCCACAUUUGGAGAUAUUCUACCUGCGCAGGCAGCUGGUCUUCUUUCAUCUUUUACAGCUCCAAGGUCAGAUUCAUGA